GUCUCUCCCGCAGCCCAUUCUCGUACUUCUCUCUAUAUUUAUGCUAUUCUCUAUCUCUCUCUCGCUUCGAUUUUUCUCACUUUCACUCUCACCGAUUUCUCUCUCUGAGAUCGAUUUCUCUAUGUUUUUGGAUUCCGGUUUUUGGGCAUUCCAUAUUUAUGAGUAAAAAGGGGUAUUUCGAACGUACCGUAAGCGAGGGAGGAUUUGUGGGUGUGGUUUUGAUUCAGCCUUCGUUUUGAAAGUAAUCUGUAUUGUAUUGAGUCUGGAACAUCGGUGGUUUUUUGCCUAACACUAGCAGAAAUUGAAACUCAGACUAGUGCAGGUGGAAGACGAUGGCGUGGAGGCAGAUAUUCUUCAAAACAAGGGUGAUUUCAAUGUCACAGCAGCCACAUCCAACUCCUGGGUUCUCUAGAUUCUUCUCCAAAUCAUCACUAUAUGUAGAAAAGGUUGGCAUACCAGAAUUUUUGAAGGGAAUAGGGAAAGGGGUCGAAUCCCAUGUGGCUAAGCUUGAAUCUGAAAUUGGUGACUUCCAGAAGCUGCUUGUCACUCGCACUCUGAGGCUCAAGAAACUUGGCAUACCAUGCCAACAGAGGAAGCUGAUAUUGAAAUACGCCCACAAGUAUAGGGUGGGACUAUGGAGGCCUCGAGCUGAGCCUGUAAAAUCCUAAUUACUUAUGCGGUAGCUAGUCCUUUGAAGAUUAAGACCAAGAUGGUUUGUCUGCUGGAGAUCAUUAUGGCUCGGUACUUGCACAUGGAAUUGUUUCAGUUUUGAGGAGUUUCAUUGUCUUAAUGUUUGUAGUUUCUUUGAACAAUUUCACGGAUGUACUGAACUUAGUUAAACGGCCUUGUUGCUGCUGCAUGCUCGUUUUGUAGUGACUAGAUUCUUGAAUCAUUUUUAGGUUUCUUUGAUACCUACUGGGAUAGCACUUAUAAAUUGUUUCCAAAACCCUUGGCAUUUAACAUGGUAUGUGAAAGUGAAAAUCAUAUUCUUUAAUACAUGAUAUGGUUUCUGAUGCCA